UCAUCAUCACCUUUCGAUCAGCUGUUUCUUGUUUCGUGCUCGCUGAAGAAGAGGCGCCGAUCGUUUGAAGAAGCGCAGUGGAUGUUCGGCCGUCACUGAAACGCUGCUGCCAUGUCGCGUGCCGACGUGAAAGAUGGCACGUCGGCGGCAUCGGGAGCCUCCGCGACAAGUGGAGUGUGCGGGCGCAUGACAUCCGAGUGCGGUGUGCUGGGCGUGUACCUGUCCUCCUGGGACCACGUGAUGGGACCGCAGUUGGUGUUCAGGUGGCGCAUGCAGUGCCCCGGUGCGGUGGCCGGUGUCGGCAUCCCCGAACCGGCUGAGUGCGGCCCUCACUUCCUCAAGUGCCACCAGUUCCUCGAGAACCCCGAAGGCUUCCUCGCUCGGGGAGAGGCGCCGCAGCAGGCAUCACGGCGUGAAGAGGAGUACGACGUACACGCGGCCAGCGUACUGCAACUGUUGCACGGAGGCCUGGAACGACGGGGUACGCGGUCGUGCCUGCUGCUGCUUCCGGACAAGCGUGCCGCGCUGCACGCGGUCACCUUUGACCUUUCGGCCGGGGCACCCGUGUGCCUGGCCGCACUGUUCCCAAUGAAGGCACUGGCCGACCUCUGGCUCUUGCUGCCCCUCACUGACUUGACCCUGGCGCGAGUUGCGCUAGUCUGCCAGACGCCCGGGCGGGAGCUGAUGAAAAGCCUGAGCAGUGCGACCUCCUUGUUGCACCGUUACUUCCAGCUGGCCUCGUCCCUGCUCAGCACCAGGACGCUCGACCGAAGGGCGUCGGUGAAUGCGCUGAGCCGAGCCGACCGCCUACCAGAGGAGCUGAUUCGGCGGGCCCUCCAGUCCCACUUACAGACGCGCCGCUGCUCAAUUGUCAUCGGUGACAGUGUCGCUCAGGUGGAGCCGGCGCUGAAUGCCCUGCGAGGUCUUCUUGACCACGAGGAACUGUUCUGUUCCCUGUGGGGCGAUACCCUUGAGCCCUGCUACCUGCCGGGUCUUCAACUACAGGGCCUGGUCCGGGGUUCAACAGGCAGUCCCCUCUCGGCCCGCGAGCUCAUCUGGUCUCCGCACCCGUCCACAGUGGUGGACAUGGCACAGGGGCGCGUCUGGCAGUGCCCACUACACGUCGGAUACCAGGGUCCCCUGACGCGCAAGCUGAAGGCCGCACGCACUCCGUCCGCGGAGUCGCACGUGUCGCAGUUUGUGCAGCAGCUGGGACGGGCCCCCACCACUGCCGCAGCUGAGCAGCUGUUGCAGGCCUUCCAGAGGCAUCUACGCGUCAAGGCGGCAGCGCUCAUCCAGUGCGCCUCCCGCUCCAGGCGAGCCUUGUCCGCCAAGUACCUGCAGUCGGUGCUGGCUGUGCCGUACCUGUCCGAUUUCUUGGUCAUCCUUGCAGAAGCCGAGAAACUGCGACCGGGGCUCUCACGCUACGUCUUACCGCCGACCUGACGACCGCAACGCACGAUCUAGCUCUUCUCAAUCGUAGCGCGUUGAAUAAAAAGAAUCCUUUCUCGAUAGA